UUUAGACAACCAUCUCCAAACAGCAGCUAACGUAACCAGUCAAGGAAUGAUAGCAUUAGCAAACAUCUUAACCCGUGUAAAUAUUUUGUAGCCGUUUGCUUUACUAUCAGUAGUUAUUUUAACCAACACGCGUGGGUCCCCAGUAUGAAAGCUCCGCAACAACCGAUGUCACGCGCAUAUAUAUAUAUAUAUAUAUAUAUAUAUAUAUAUAUAUAUAUAUACACACACACACACACACACACACACGCACGCACGCACGCACGCACGCACACAGGCCUUCCGAACAUGUUUCGCCCACGCGCGCUCAUAGAUACGUGCGAAUGGAUGUGUUGGGGGCGUUCAUACCGAAUGAGUUUUUGUCCGCGUCUGCUCUGUUUUUCCAUUGUUUUCGUUUGUAAACACGCGCUGGACGAACGUCCAUACCUGCUGUACUGCGUUUCAGUGUCUCACGGGACCGCCACGUUUUUAGACACUGCAUCAAAUGUAAACAAGAACUUCAGGUCUCAAAAACGCUGUUUCAUUCUUUGCGUAUUGACUGUUUUUAGCGCAUGUGUCAAAUAUUGAAUGUUCUGAACAAGUUCACAAUAGGUUGCAAAGAGGUGACUGUUACAAUGUUUACAUUUAUUAAAGGCUGUUUGCACUAAGCAAAGUUUCAGCGCUUUCUGCAAUGUUUUCCCCCUUCUGCUCUAGUGUGCUGAGGGGUCGCCAUGCUUUGUGUGUUUACUGUUGCAAUACUGUACAGAAUGUUGCCAACGAUGCUAACAUAAAAUACAGCCUUUUGCAACAUGGUGAACAAUACACUGCAGUGUAAGAAUAUAAGCUCCUUGUGAAAGUAAAUGUUGUUUUAUCACUGUUCUGCGGAAAACAUGCAUUAAUAACUUUUUAACUAGAUUUUUAUAUUUCAGAAAACAUUUUGAAUGUACUUUGCUACAAUGGCUGAUAGGAUGAAUUUUCAAUAAUUAUUUAAAAUCAAUUAUAUGGUUUUUUUUAAGCAAAUAUUUUCAAAAUGGGGCCCUGUGAUGAUCAGUUGCUUGUGGCCUCAGUAAUCAUAAACACCUGUUUACUAUAACCUAUAUUUUAUAAUUAAUGAUUAAAACACGAUCAUUAUAAGCUGUACAGGGGAUGCCAGGGUUUUUUGUCACUCGAAGAAAGUGUCAUAAGUGCUAUGUUUCAGUAAAUAUUAGGUGUUAUGUCUUUGUGUCAUUUUGGAGUUUGCUCUUUAUGACAUGUCUGUCUGGUAUUGAUCAACAUUAACUCACCACAGUGAAGUCUCAGCUCCAAUGUCAAAGGGAUCUGAAGUUUGUGCCGAUGGAGACCAGAGAGAUCUCCCAUGCAGCUCAGGAUGGGAGCUGCAACACAUAAGAGGAGAUUUGUUCACCUGUCCAGCCACAGAUGCCCUGGCACACUGCAUCAGUGAAGACUGCCACAUGGGAGCAGGUGUCGCUGUGCUCUUCAAGAAGAAAUUCGGUGGAACUGAGGAGCUUCUGGCUCAGAUGAAGCGGCAAGGCCAGUGUGCUGUUCUUAAAAGAUCUGGUCGUUUCGUAUACUACCUGAUCACAAAGAAAAAGUACUACCAAAAGCCCACCUAUGACAUUCUUAGAGCGAGCCUUGUGUCUAUGAGAGAACACUGCCUGGCCAAUGGUGUUACCAGAAUAUCCAUGCCUCGGAUUGGCUGUGGGCUGGAUAAACUAAAGUGGGAAAACGUGUCUUCCAUUAUUACAGAAGUCUUCCGGAACACAAAAACCUGCAUCACUGUGUAUUCGAUCUAGACUAUAGCAAGUCUGAAAUUCACAUUAAUUGUUCUCAAACAAUGGUUAAAAGGGACUCUCUUAUUCCAAUGGAAUUUCACUUUUUUGUGUGUAGCUGGUUCCUUAGUCUUUUUGGAACCGGUUAUAAGCUCUUAAAAUUUUAAAUAAAAGUUCAAACACUGUCCUAGAAAUGUACACUCAAGAUAUGACCAAUAUUACAAUCAAUUGUUUUUUCCUGUUCCAUGUUGUGUAUGGAUGUUUUUUCACAACUAGAGGGUGUGUUUUGAUUUGUUUGAAUCUUAAAAUGAAGAAAUUGUUUGAU